AUGGACGCAACACCAACAAGCGAGCUUGUCUUUGCAGGCGUGGAGGCUGGGGGCACGUCGUUCUCGGUGGGUCUGGCCCGAGGCAGCGCCGAGUCCAUCUUCGCGCGCGCCAACUUCCCCACAACCACCCCCGACGAGACCAUCGGCCGCGUCGUGGCUUGGCUGCGCGAGCAAAACGCGAAGACGCCGUUCCACGCACUGGGCAUCGCCUCCUUCGGCCCCGUCGACCUCGACCGCGCAAGCCCCACUUACGGCUACAUCACCACCACGCCCAAGCCGGACUGGGGCAACGUGGACGUACUCAGCCGCUUCUCCGAAUUCAAUGUCCCCACGGCGUUCGAAACGGACGUCAACGCGCCCGCCGUAGCGCACCUCGCCCAGUUUGGCCAGCCGUCGUGUGCGUAUAUUACUGUGGGCACGGGCGUGGGCGUGGGUAUUGCCGUGGAGGGCAAGCCCGUGCACGGCCUGCUCCACCCCGAGAUGGGCCACAUCUUCGUGCGGAUGGCCAAGGGCGACGACUUCGAGGGCACGUGCCCCUUCCACGGGGGCCUGCGUCGAGGGACUCGUGGCCAGUCGUGCGUUGGCCAAGCGGUUCGGCGUGGAGCGGACGGAUCUGUCGGACGUCGGGAGGAGUGGGACCACGUGGCCUACUACCUGGCCCAGCUCUGCGCGGCCCUCGUGCUGACCGUAUCGCCGCACCGCAUCGUCAUGGGCGGCGGCAUCAUGCAGCGGCCCACCAUUUUGCCGCUCGUGCACAAGCACGUGCUGGCACUGCUCAACGGCUACAUCAAGGUGCCCGCCAUCACGGAGUCAGGCAUUGGCAACUACAUCACGCUUUCGCCGUUCGGUGGCAACGCCGGCCUGGUGGGCGCCUGCGAGCUUGCUCGGCUGGCCCUGCCCACAACGCGUCUCCUGCGAUCCAACGCUGGGGUUGUCCAACGAGAACACUAG